UCCCAGAGCGGAGCUGCGGAGGUAAGGCGGACUGUACGCAGCUCAGACAGCAGUGGCAUCAGCGGUAGAGGUGCGCUUCUCCUCCUGCAGCCCUGCACGCCCUCGACUAUCUGGAUACUGCUUUCCCUCCAUCUCCAGUAUUAUUCUGACCUCCUGAGGCGCACAGAUCUGCUUCUUUUCCCUGAUGAUCCUUAACUCUGAUCGGACGGAGACAUGUGGAAUGACCCGGGGAAAGCGCAUCGCUUCUUCAUACUUUGUUUCCUGCUGACUGCAUGCACCGAGGUUUGUCAGUCUUCGGGUUACUUUGAGCUGCAACUCAUCUCGGUGGAAAAUCCCAGAGGUCAGCUUCUAAACGGCGACUGCUGCGACUCGGAGGGCCGCCAGGCAGAUGGGAACUGCGGCCUGGACGAGUGUGAUACUUACUUCAGGGUGUGUUUAAAGGAAUACCAACAGGAGGUGAAGAUUGGCGGACCAUGCACCUAUGGAUCAGAAAUCACUAAGGUGAUUGGUGGGAAUACUUUCCAGUUCAGAGGAAGCCAGAAAGGCAGUCACGACACUGGGAAGAUUGUCAUUCCCUUCCAGUUCUCAUGGCCGCAAGAUUACACUUUGAUAGUGGAAGCUUGGGAUAAGGACAACGGCACACAUGGCAGUGAUGAUGAGCUGCUGAUUGAGCGAAGCAUCUACAAGGGAAAGAUUAAUCCUGGCGAGGGGAGGCAGCCAGUAGAACAUAAAAGCUUCAUCGCCACAAUUAAAUACACCAUGCGUGUGCGCUGUGAUGAACACUACUAUGGCAUGAGAUGCAACAAUGUAUGUCGUCCCCGUGACGACUAUUUUGGACAUUAUGUGUGUGACCAUUUUGGGAAGAGGCAUUGUAUUGAAGGCUGGGAUGGAGAGGAUUGCAAAACAGCCAUCUGUAAACAGGGAUGUAGCUCAUUACAUGGGACCUGCAACACCCCUGGGGAAUGCAAGUGUAACUAUGGGUGGGAUGGCCCACUGUGUGACAGGUGCCUCCCAUACCCGGGAUGUGUUCACGGGACCUGUACUGAGCCUUGGCAGUGCACUUGUGAGAAGAACUGGGGUGGGCUGCUCUGUAAUAAAGACCUGAACUACUGUGGGACCAAUCAGCCCUGUAAGAAUGGAGGAACCUGUAUGAACACAGAGCCAGAUGAAUACAACUGUGCUUGUCUUGAUGGCUACUCCGGCAAAAACUGUGAGAUUGCGGAGCACGCUUGCCUCUCUAACCCCUGUGCCAACGGAGGGACUUGUCAUGAAGUCCCUUCAGGCUUUGAGUGUCACUGUCCUGCUGGCUGGUCUGGACCAACCUGUGCUGAAGAUACAGAUGAAUGUGCCUCCACCCCCUGUGCUCAUGGAGGGACUUGCAUUGACAUGGAGAACGACUUCGAGUGCCUCUGCCCUGUGCAAUGGACAGGAAAGACCUGCCAGAUUGAUGUUAACGAGUGUGGGGGAAAGCCUUGCCUCAAUGCUUACUCUUGCAAAAAUAUGGUUGGUGGAUAUCACUGUGCCUGCUUUCCUGGAUGGGUGGGCCACAACUGUCACAUAAACAUGAACAGUUGCCAUGGACAGUGUCAGAAUGGAGGUACUUGUAAGGACACAGCCAGAGGCUACCAGUGUGUUUGCCUGCCAGGUUUUGUGGGUCGGCACUGUGAGGCUCAGAGGAACCAUUGCUCUCGCAGUCCUUGCAGAAAUGGUGGCCGCUGUCGUGCGCAUCUGGAUGGUUUUGUGUGUGACUGCCCACUAGGGUUCACUGGAACCACCUGUGAGGUGCAAAAUGAUCCUUGUAAUCCAAAUCCUUGCCAAAGCAAGGCUCAGUGCAACAGCCUAGCUGGUGACUUCUACUGCAGCUGCCCUAAUGAUUAUGAGGGCAAAACUUGUUCUGAACUCAAGGACCACUGCAAGACCAACCAGUGUGAAGUGAUUGACAGCUGCACUGUUGCCAUUGCAACCAAUGACAGUGAACAACAAGUGUGGCGCAUUUCGUCAAAUGUGUGUGGGCCACACGGCCAUUGCAUUAGCCUGCCUGCCGGGAACUUCAGCUGCUCCUGCGAUCUGGGAUUCACUGGUACCUACUGCCAUGAGAAUAUCAAUGACUGUGUAUCGUGCCCAUGUAAAAAUGGAGGCACCUGCAUAGAUGGGAUCAGCUCCUUUGAGUGUGUCUGUCCAGGUGGCUGGGAGGGUGACCUCUGUGAUGUUGAUGUGAAUGAGUGCAGCAGCAACCCCUGUCAGAACGGAGGCCAGUGUGUGGAUCUAUUUCAUGAUUUCUACUGCAACUGUGUAGACAACUGGAAAGGGAAAAACUGUCACUUACGUGAGAGCCAAUGUGACUCCAACACAUGUAGGAACGGCGGGACUUGUUAUGACCGUGGAGACUCGUUCCUGUGCCGCUGCCCGACAGGGUGGACAGGAAACACCUGCAACACAGCUAAGAACAGCACUUGUGACUCGGAUCCAUGUGAGAAUGGAGGAACAUGUGUUGGAGGAGAACCGUUCACCUGCAUCUGCAAGGAUGGGUGGGAAGGGCCCACUUGUGAAAAAAAUAUCGAUGACUGCAACCCACACCCUUGCUACAAUGAUGGCAUCUGUGUUGAUGGUGUGAAUUGGUUCCGCUGUGAGUGUGCGUCAGGAUUUGCUGGACCAGAUUGCCGCAUCAAUAUAAAUGAGUGUCAGUCGUCUCCCUGUGCUGAAGGCUCUACAUGCAUAGAUGAGAUCAGUGCCUACCGUUGUGUCUGCCCUCCUGGACAAGCUGGACCUCAGUGUCAGCAGUUCACAGGACUUGGAAAGUCAUGCCGCCACGCUGGCCUGCAGUAUCCUCACAGCAGUCACUGGGAGGAGGACUGUAACACCUGUCAGUGUAUCAAUGGCGAAGUUCACUGUUCCAAGGUGAAGUGCGGCCGUCGCCCCUGCAUCCUUCCAAAUGCUGGUUUGCCUUCAGUCACCAGCAAUCAGCCCUGUCCUGGAGGCCUUGAGUGUGAGAAGCAUCCGCUCCUCGCAUGCCUGUCUCCACCAUGUCAUCAGUGGGGGGUGUGCUCAACACCUGACCUUCCCACUCCUGAGCAUACCCAGUGUGAGCCCCAUAGUGGCUACCUAGACAACAGCUGUGCUCACAUCACUCUCAUCUUUAACGGGGACAAACUGCCACAGGGAACUGCUGUAGAGAACAUCUGCUCUGAGCUCAGAUACCUCCCUGUGACUCAGAUGCUGGCUGUGGACCGAACACUGAUCAUCCUCUGUGAUUUGUCCUACUAUACAAGAAAUGCUGUGGAGGUUGCCAUGUCUUUUGAAAUGGAUGGACAAUUGAAGGACAGUGACUGUGGCUAUAUCCAGAACGCAGCAGCUGCCAUUACUAGUGCAUUGUCCAAAUACCACAACAGUACCAUCCUUCAAGCGGUAGUGGAGGCUAGGGUGGAGAUGCAGGCUGAAUGUCGAGCUGAAGGUUAUUUUGUCCCUGUGCUUGGAGUUGUCUUCAGCCUACUCUGGGUCUUCUGCCUCGUUGUCUGUGUUUGGUGGACCCGUAAAAGAAAGAAAGAGCGAGAGAGAGCCGCCCUAUCUGAAGACACCACCGUUAACAACCAGCUGGAGCCCCUGCAGAGCAAUACCCCAAAGGUCAACCGAGACAAAGACAUUCAGUAUGAAUGCAAGAAAUUAAUAGGUCCCUCAGAUAGGAUAUGUGACGAGGCUAAUGAGGAAGAGCAACAGCUGGAGGAAGACGAGGAAAUGGUCUUGGGCUUGGGGGACAAGUGUUUGUCUCACAAGUGUCCCAUAGUGGGAGCUCAGGACAGGAGCACCAUGAUAAAGGCAGAGGUGAUGUGCACGUCAUGCAGCGGUCCAGUAAAGGCACCACAUCGGACAGCAUACAGCCCCAAAGACAACCGAUGUAAAAACCUGAAUGCAGCCAAGUUUAGUGAGGACAUUAUAGACCUCUGUGUGUGAACAAAUAACAAAUUCAGCAUCACAGACUUUAAAACUUUUGCACCACAUAUGAAGACUGCAGAUGCAUUCAUUUUCUAUUGAGUUUAUAAUGUGUUAUUUAAGUCUUUUAUUUGCAGUUGGAGGCUUUUUUAAAUCAUGAAAGAAACUUAAAAAGUGGCAUGAAAAAUCAAGUGCUUCAGGGAUUAUGGAGUCCACAAGCUUCUCUUUUUGAUUCAAAAUAUUACAGGGAAGCUGAAGCUUUGUGUUUUUAUCAUUAAGGUGAACAUUUAUGACUGCUGUUUACCUUCAGCCCAAACCCUGACAUCUAAAAAAAAGAUUUACAUUGUGUGCAAGUUGGCAUAUUGACCUGGCUGACUGAUACAUGGAAUAGCUUUUUCUCUUUUUUUUUUGUUGAAGCUUGCAAUUUCAUGCAUUUGCCCUUUUAAAAUGAGAAUUGUCUCCUGUACGCAGUGAUCUUUCAGUAUUUCCUUUUUUAAUUAAAAUGCCUUUAAUUGCUAACUUCUCCCUUCUUUAUAAUAGAAGAUUCUUAAUACAUAUAAAGGGAAAGUGGCUAUAAUCACAAACGUCUGGCCUCUAAUGCUUGUUUUAUUGUGAUGUACAGAAACCUUGUAAAUAGGACAGAAAUUACUGUGUAUAUUUGAUUUUAGUAAGUUAAGAAAUUAUUUGUAUUGCAGUAAUUUUAAAGAAUAAAGCUUCAUGUAUGUUUGGAUUUUUAUGUCAUUCCGUUUUUUAAUGGCAGAUUUUAUUUGAAUCAUUUUCAGAUUUUGUAAAUUCUCAAACCUAAUUACUAGUACAGAAUUGUUUAAAGAGUAUUUGUUCCUCUAAUUAAAUGCUGCACUCAAAGAGUUACUUUGUUUUACCCUGUGAAUGAUUGGACAAGCUACUUUUCAUAUUUAGUUUUGAGCUAUCAAAAUGUGUUUUUCAUCCCUUCCUGAAUGCUUGUUUCCAAAAGUACAUUUUGUUCUUUAAAAAAAACAUUGAAGACAUCGCAUAGUUUGUUACUGUUCUAUCACUGGUCCCAGUAUUACUGUGUUAUUGCUAUGAUUUUAACUCAAAAACCUGACCAUGCCCGACAUUAAAGAAAAAUAGAUGAAUGUCCUUGGUCAAACUAUGAAUUUCCUCAUUUCAUCCUAUGAGUCUAAGGUAUUGUUUUGAACAGCAUAACAACCUGUAGGCCUUCUGAUUGAAACAGUUCACUAUUCAUGACAGACGUGUUGAUCUUUAGCCAAAUCCAGAUAAAAUCAUGCAUGAUUUGAUCCAGAUCAAAUCAUGCAUGAUUGCAAAUCAUGCAACUUGCCUAUCAAUGGCAUUCGCUUACCAGACAUAAUGAUGCACAACUGACUAUGCACAGAUCAGACAUUGUUGGUUUUGUGCAUGUCUUCCAGUAUGUUAAAAUAGAUGUAACAGGAAAUGCAUAAUGGAAAAGGCUUCAAUCCCUACAGCUAAGAAAAGUGGAGGCAGCAUCAUGAUGUGGGGAUAAUGUGAAGUAGUGAGAAGAAAGUAAGUCAGUACUGAUGAAAAGAUAGAUCAGCAUAUAAACUCGUAUGGACUUUGGUUGCAUUGUUCUGCUGCAUGUUGUCUUUUUAUAUUAUUGGACUGAAAUUGACAAAAAUGUUACAUGUACCAGCAAAGGUUGGCUCUCGCAUCCAUCUGACACUUCAUGGGUCACAGCUGGCAGUCUCUGUAGCCUCCUCAUGUUCCAGGUUCAGAUCUACAGUUUUACAGUCUGUUGACAGUGUAAUCACUAUAGAGUAUAGGGUGCCUGAUAGUGAAGUGGCCUUAAGAAACAUCCUCAUUGUAGACAUCAUAGUAGGAAUUUGAAAGUUCCUUCUAUUUCUUCUCAUUUUGGUUCACUGUUAUGAUUUUCCGGUUUUAUGAAGGGAACAAGUUGUAUAAUCGUUGAUGUUCCCUCUUUUGAGUGUUUACGGGGUAAUGUCAAAUAUUGUCAAUAUUUGUGUAUGAAAAUUGAUUUUUUUAAAAGACAGUUUUGUUAAUAAUGGUGAUGAAAGAGAACUUACACUCAAUUUCUGACUGUAAAAUGUACUAUGUGUUAGCCCUGGAAGAGGAGCUGAAUGUGCAGAAUUUUUUUAUGAUUUUGUACAAAAUUUUGGUUUGUUAGUUGACUUUUUUUCAGAAAAAUACUAUUAUUUAUUAAAGUAUU